AUGCGCAAGGGUGACUAUUUAGUUCAUUUGUCUACAAUAUACACACAAGCUGAAAUGGAACAGCUAUUUUUCAUCCUUUGGUCAAUCUGGUCGGAGAGGAACCAGGUGGUACAUGGCCACAAGGCAAAACCUGCCAAGGAGCUUGCACUUUUUGCAAAGAACUAUAUGCAUAAUUUUCGCUCAUCACAAGCAAAAUUCAAAUCCAACAAUGACACUUCAGCACGACCACUCUCUUUAGCAGCUACUAAACCAGUCCCAUGGACACCUCCAAUGCUUAGAAACCUCAAAUUAAAUGUUGAUGUAGCAGUCGAUUCAGUAAAAAAAGUAAUUGGUGUGGGGGCUGUUAUUCGUGACACCUUUGGCAGUGUAAAAGCUACCCUUUCAAAACUGGUUGUUGGUAAUUUUGCGGCUCACGAAAUAUAG